CGCUAUUCUGCGUCCCGUUUGUCAAUACUCGUGUCAAAUCUGUCAAAAGAAACAAAUAUAAUUUCGUGAAUAAAAUCUAAACACAAGUUAAAAAUGCAGUCUCACUCAGGGAUGCCCGCCCCUCUGCGCUGGAGUCCAGACAAAAAGCACAGUGAAAGGGAACGAUGGAUUUGCAUUUAUCCAGCAUAUAUCAAUAGUAAGAAAACUCUGGCACAAGGCAGGAAGAUAGCUAAGGAUAAAUGCGUGGAAAAUCCCACUCACCAGGAAAUUAGGGAUGUUCUGUUAGCUGCUAACCUAAAAGUUGGAGUUGAAAACAAACUGUACAGUAGGGAAAAGAGUAAGGAAUUGUUGUACAGGGGCAGAAUUAGAGUACAACUUAAAAAUGACGAUGGAUCAUUGUGUAGUCCCGAUUUUCCCACUAGAGAGAGUUUAAUGUACCAUUUAGGGGAGAUGAUCCCAAAACUGAAAACGAGACAGAAUAAAGGUGCCACUGAACCACAACAAAGUGCAGGCGGUAGUGGCAAGGGUAAAGGCAAGGGCAAAGGUAGACGUUAAGAUACAUAUUUUAUAUUUUUUAUGUAAUAAAGAUUUAUUAUAAGUUUAUUA